GUUUCUACACAGUGCAUGGGAUUCUUCAAAUAAAUUUUCUCUGUUGUGUGCCACCGUGUUUAUUCUGAUUUCUUUUCCGCAAAAUUAUGGAUCGUUGUUUUAAUGAACCCCAGUUCAAGGGAAAUAAUCAACAAAGGACAUCAUCCGUACAGUUGAACAACGAGGACUAAAGCGUCCGUCUGUCGAUCAUGGCUGAAGAAAUUGAUUUCGAGGAGCAGUUGGAGCAAGAAAAAAGGCAACAGGCGGAGGAAGAGGAGAAGGAAGCAGCCACUAUUGGUCUAAGCUAUACUGAUAGCGAUGGAACUAUCAUGGAAUGGGAUCCUAUCAAAAGGGCAUUUUUUCCAAAAAUUGACAUGGACUUCAUUGCAAGGUAUCAGAUGAAUUAUGGCAUUGACAACGUGAGACCAACAAGGAGGGUGCUACAGGAUAUGAGAAAAAGCUUUCAGCAAAGUAAUACAGGCACUGACGGGGAAUUUAACUAUCAAGCAUAUUAUUCCUACUACCAUGGGGGCGAUAACAAAAGAUCUUUGCAGAAUCUGGGCAAUGAGCAGAAACAAAGCAUUGAGGAUGAAGAAGAAGAGGACGAAGAUACAGUAAAUGCAGAUGAAUCGACUGAGAAGAAAGGCAAACAAAAAAAGAAAGGAAAAGAUAAAGGUGAUGGAAAACGCAAACUACCAGAAGAGGCACCAUCCUGGUUUGACGUGGACUCAGAAAAGUCAACACAUGUAUAUGUGUCGGGUUUGCCGUCGGACAUCACGGAAGACGAAUUCAAGGAAAUGAUGAGCAAAUAUGGUCUUAUUAUGUUUGAUCCAAUUACACACAAGCCUAAACUAAAGCUCUACACUGGCCCAAAUGGCACACCAAAAGGAGAUGGCUUAUGUUGUUACAUAAAGCAAGAAUCUGUUGAUCUUGCCCUGAAACUUUUGGAUGGAUACCAGCUUCGAGACAGCACCAUCUCAGUAGAGAGAGCUAAAUUCCAGCUCAAGGGAGAAUAUGAUCCAAAUAAAAAGAAGAAAAAACUCAGUAACAAAAUGAAGAGGAAACUAAAAGAAAAGCAACAAAAGUUGUUUGACUGGAGACCAGACAUUGCACCAGGUACAAGGCUUCGUCAUGAGCGCAUUGUUAUUCUGAAGCACAUGUUUGAUGUGAAAGAGUUUGAGGAUGACCCUGCAUUGAUCAAUGAGCUUAAAGAAGAUGUUCAGAGUGAAUGUGCCAAGUUUGGUGAAGUACGCAAAGUGCAGGUGUACGAUCGUCACAAAGAUGGUGUGAUAUCUGUCACUUUCAAGACUCCCGAAGAAGCUGAUGUAUGUGUUGCGGCCAUGAAAGGACGGUGGUUUGCCAAGAGACAAAUUGUAGCUGAAACAUAUGAUGGAAAAACAAACUAUGAUGUUCAUGAAACAGAUGCUGAAAAGGAGGAGCGUCUGCAACACUGGGAAUCAUUCCUGGAAGUUGGUAGCAGCAAAGCUAAAGUUACUGGUGCUAAGGAGAACAAACCUGUUGCAGUUGGUGGGCAGAGUUUAUCUACAGAAGCUGGGAGUGCAGCUUCACAAGCCAUUGUGGGAGCUCCUGAGAGUGCUCAUUCCGCAGCUUCAGCCAGGGACAGUAACUCUGUACCUUGAAUGUGGAGGCAGGGGCUGGCUGUCCAGAUUCUGCAAGUGCUGCAGCAGUUAGAUGGGUGUCUUCAUUCUAGAAGAAUCAACGGUUUUGCAGUUAUACUUUCAAGAUCUGUGGUGGGAUGGUCCUAUCAGACUAACACAUUCUGCCUUAUGUUUUUCUCUGCUGUGUACCAUGUUUGUAUCAGUAGAUGAGGUCUGACUGGGCUGUAGUCACUUCAAGCAGAGCUUCCAGGAUUUUAGUGCCAAUAUGACUUCAUAGUUUUAGGCAGUUGUUUAGUCAGGCAAGUGUUGUGAAUGUAUCAUUGUAACACCUCCAAUAUUGUCAUUUCCAUAUUCAGCCUGUGGAAACAUUAGUUUACAUUUUCUUCUCAGUCAUGCUUUUUUUCCCCCAAGAAAGAGGAAAAUAUGUGGCUUUUUGCAUGCAGACAGUGUACUUUAAAUGCUGAGCUGAAUAAUAGUCGGCCAGGUAAUGCUUACAUCAACAAGUUUGCUUGUAUUGUCAAAGUAGCAUAAAAACAUAGAAUGAAAUUUUAUUGACAAAUGCGAAGAAGUCUAAUGGAGUUUAGAGGCUGAUUAGUGUGGAGACUAUUUAUUUUAUUUCUAAAAUAAAAAUCUUUUAAACUUAUGAAAUCUUUUGCUGGCUGACAGACCUAGGUAAUGUGUUUGUAAUGAUGAGCUAGCAGCACAUUGGUGUUUCAGUGCACAGCACCUACCACCAUUUAUAGUGGAUCAUCACUAAAAUUUUGUCCCUUUAUUUUACUUGGAAAGUUCUGCAUUGUUUGCCAGGUUGCUUUAUCAGUUUCAGUCUGAAUUCCAGCAUAUUAGCUUCAAUUUAGAAUGUCUCUUGCAACCACUCAUUUCAACAUACAACAUAAUUGAAAAUUGAUUUUUUUUCAGGAUUACUCUGGGUAUAUAUAAUCAAACUGAUCAAUCAAUGUAUCUUGUUACAAACACAAAUGCAACUGCCUCUUGACAAACAUGAAUGUUACAAAUAUUUGUAAAAUGAUGUUUACUUGAAAAACAGGAGGGUAAAAACUAGUUUAGAUAUGAGAAAAAAUUGUUAUUACAGGGUAAAAUUUAAGGCUCCUUGGCUAUGCAGAGGAACACUGGUGACGUGGAAGUGACCAAAGCUGAACAGAAAACGAGAAAGGUGUGUGUGUAUUUGAAGUAAAGUGCAAAUACAUCAAUAACAUAUCCUAGCAUUGGACCACUGUCAGAUCCUAAACCACUGCUGUAAGCAACUAAUCCAAAUUAAACAAAAUUUUAUUAUUGA